AUGGCCAAAACAGUUAAGAAGUGCUUAAAUGGUUGGGAACUAAAUUGUGUGCUUAGUGUUACCGUGGACAAUGCAUCUUCAAAUGACGUUGGAAUUCAACAUCUCAAAAGAUGGCUUCACUCUCAGAAUGGCAUAGUUUUGAAUGGAGAAUAUCUUCAUACACGUUGUUGUGCCCUCAUAUUAAACCUUAUUGUAAAGGAUGAGAUGAAAGAAGUUGAUGAUUCUAUUGUAAGAAUUCGUGCAGCGGUGAGGUAUGUGAGGCGUACUCCUUCGAGGUUUCAGAGAUUUAAGAAAUGUAUUGAUCAUGAAACAAUUGGAUAUAAAGGUUAUGUUGGGAGAGAUUGUGAGACUUGGUGGAACUCAACAUAUCUAAUGUUAAAGGGUGCAUUAAAACAUAAUAAGACCUUUACAGAGUUAGAAUUCAGAGAUCGGAAAUAUUUUAAUGAAAUGAGUAAGGACAAAGGAGUGCCUAGACCGGAAGAUUGGGAGCAUGUUGAGUUAAUCCUUCCAUUUCUACAGAUAUUUCAUGAAGCUACAAAGCGUAUUUCAAGAUCUUCUUAUGUGACAAGCAACAUGUAUAUGCUUGAGGUUUUUGGUGUUGGAAGAAGCAUUCUGAACAUGUGUAAUUCGGAAGAUCAAAAGGUAAGGUCAAUGGCUAUAAAGAUGAAGGCAAAGUACAAUAAAUAUUGGGGAAAACCUGACCACCUUAACAUGUUGUUAUUGAUUGCAAUGGUAUUAGACCCUAGAUGUAAAUUGAAGCUUGUGGUAUGGAUGGCAGCUAGGAUUUAUGAUACUAGUGAUGCAGAAUAUUUGAAAACCAAGGCAGUGUCUCGUCUAGGUAGUUCAGUUAAUCUAUCAGGUGGUUUUAAUGCAGUUAAUGAUCCGUACCAUUGUGUUGAAUUCUACCAAUCAGAUGAGUGCAGCACAUCAGAGAUAGAAUUACAGAAGUAUAUUCAAGAAGAAGUAGAAAAUCGUCCUCCAAAUUUUGAUGUGCUAGAGUGGUGGAAGGUGAAUUCAAGCCGAUAUCCAAUACUUGCAAGCAUUGCAAGAGAGGUUUUAGCCAUACCGAUAUCCAGUGUAGCCUUUGAAUCAGCUUUCAGUACCGGAGGAAGAAUCCUUGAUGCAUAUCGUUGUUCUUUAACAUCGGCUAGUGUGGAAGCACUUAUGUGUACUGAAGAUUGGCUCAAAGGAGUAGUUCCAUCUUUCCUUAGUAGUGAGGAUCUCGAUAAUAUUGAUCGAAUUGAGGAUUGUAAGAUGUCAAAAGAUAUAAAAACUAGUAACUAUAUUCUGCGCCAGAUGCGGGAAGUUGCUCAUCCUUUGUGUCAGUUGUUGAUGAUUGAGGUUUUUUCACAUGAAUAUCUAAUCCUCGUUACUACUCCAAAAACUAAGUUUAUGUUUGUGGGUGAAUUUGGCGUAAUCCUCAUUACUACUCCAAAAACUAAGUUUAUGUUUGUGGGUGAAUUUGGCAAAAUUACAGAGAUGUUUUUUAAUAAAUUUUAG